UAGUUACAGAUCUUUAAGAUUUAAUAAAAUACUAAAAGAUGGCCUUCUGAAGCGUUGAAGCGGAAGAUUCAUAAGUGUAGGAUAUGACUCAGUUUUUGCUGAAUUGUUUGGCGUUAUUUCGUCCAUCUGAUCGUCCUUGGCGAAUUUACAUAAAGAGGUGGGAGGUGGGAGGACGAUGGUAUAUUAAUGGAUUCAGACGAGUGUAUGACAGUCAGAAAUGGAAUUCACAAGUAUCAUAUUGACUACACUCACAGUAGUAUGGUCUGUGCACAGUUUGAAGUUGGACCCUUUGGGCCGUUAUAUCGAAGGACUGCAGCCCGGAAAUGACGUUCCUCAUCCAAUGGACGUAAGUAGCUCAAGACACGUGAGGGAAGCAGAAAAACCUAGACAUCACCGUAGCCAUGGAGGAUUUAUUGCAUUUGAGUACUGUUGCGGCGGCGAAAACAACACUGAAUUUAAAAAAGAUACAGAGGAACCAAUUGAAGCAUUGCAAAAAUGCGUAGAUGAACUAAAAGAAGAGGACGAGUGGACUAUGUAUGGAAACCCGACAAAAGAUCCUUUCUCUUGUGAGACUUCCAAAAAGUUCAAGGACCAAUUUAAUUGUUUCUUCAAUUGUAUGAUGAGAGUACGUGGAUUGCUGCGAGAGGAUGGUACAGACGACAUUGAGAAAUGGGAAGUCUUCGUUAGUGAGCGCUUGGCAUUUCCAUGGCUCAAAGAGCUUGCCCUCGUUGCUUUAAAUAAAUGUAUCGACAACAAAGAUUACAGCUGGAUCCAAAAUGGAGAUAAGCUGAAAUGCAAUCCACGAGCAUUGGAUAUCAACCACUGCCUUUGGAAAGAAAUCGUUGUGACUUGUCCAGAAGAACAUUUUGUGAAGAAUGCCUACUGCAAACGAGUCAAGGAAUCCUUAAAAGAAUUCGAGGGCUGAACUUACUGUGAUCCUGAUAACUAUAUCGAAUGGAUUCGAUGAAGCAUCGAUUUAAUUUUUUGUGAUUAUUCCCGAAAUAAAAAG